GUUCCGAAAUAUCUGUAUGUACUUCACUGUAUAUGUACCUAUGUAUGUAUGUAUGUACAUGUUUACUGCACUGGGGCCACGCCUCCCUCGCCUACGUAUGUGGGUGUGAGAAAGGGACGGAUUGUGCAAGUUGGUUUUUUGGAACGCCAGCAAACAAGGGAAAUGCGUACUUUUCGCAUUUACCCACGUACAUACAUACAUAGCUGUAACCUGCGCAGCUGUGCUUGGCACACACGCCUGCUUUUUGCAGUAGCAUUCAGAGAAAUUCGCAAAGCAAACAGAAAGCAGAAAGAUUUUCUUUUUGCACAAGCAUUAAUAUUAAAUUAAAUUACACCACGUACGCACACUCAUGCAUUUGGAAGCCUUGUCUGUAUGUACACACAUGCUUUGUUGGGUCAUGGUGUGUAAGAGAGACAACAUGAUAAACAACCGCGAGUCAAAAUUAAACACGCGAUCCAUUAUGUGCGUGUUCUUGCAAAAGGGAGUUGCUUCACACAGAUUUAUUACGAGUUCCACUGCUUUUGAGAAAUAGGCUAUAAACAACAAUGCCAUCUAUUUUGGCGGAUGCGCCUGUAAUUGAUUUGGUGGAGGAUUUAGAGGACGGUGAAAUUGACGAUGAUGACGAGGAGGAGGAGCAGCAGCCGCCCCCAAAUUUUCCAGCCCAAAAGAAAGUUUCCCCAGGGGAAGAAGAGAUUCAAUUUGUGGGCAUCGAGGCAAAGAACAAAAUCACCGACGAAGAUGUCGUCCAUAUGGGAUUAUCGGCAGAUUCUGCAGGUCCACAAAAUAACACUAGCAGCAAAUCUAAGAAGCCUAGGCCAUUGGAAGAUGACCAUGCUAGCAGCAUCGAGAAUGCCAUUGCUAAUGCUUUAAAAAAGAAGGGCAUAGAACCGCCAAUGCCUAGGAUGCGUUCGUCCAACCAUGAUUUGGGGGAUGCCUCCUUAGAGGGUUCUGGAGAAUUAUUAUCUGGCGUCGGAAAUCAUCUCCAGCAGCCAAGUCGUAGCAGCAGGCGAAGGAAACGCAAAAAAGAACGCGAGCGAGAGCUAAAGAAGGACAAGGAGCACCAGAAACGGUCCCGCCGUGAAGAUGGUGAUGUGUCUGGUGUGGCGGGUGGUACUGGCAGUGAUGACAUGGACGAAUAUGAGAUGAUGAACGUACGCGGCGGUAGUCCUCCGCCCGGAGGAGUAGCACAACCCUCUUCCGGUGGUGGUGGUCAGCAUUUUAGCGCACCUGAUUGGGACUUGGCCAACGGCCCAUCCGUGGGAUCGGGAGUCGCUCUUGGAGGAGGCGGCUAUGAAUCGCAGCCGGAUCCCUACAGCAGCUACGAUUCUUAUUCCGAAGAGGAGGCAUCUGCACCUGGUUUGGUGAAUCAAAGACGUCGAAUGCGAAGAGAGAGAGAAAAGGAGCAGCAGCGUGUUGGCAAUAACCGCAAGCGAAGGGAUCGUGAACGCCAUGAGGGAGGUGCAGGAGGAGCCAAGCGAAACCGCCGUGAUUCCGGUGAGGGAGGUGGUGGUGGAGGACAGGAGAAGAUGGGCGGGAGCGGUCGCAUUGAACCCCGCAAACUGGAACUGUGCAAGUUCUAUUUGAUGGAUUGUUGUGCCAAGCGAGAAAAGUGUUCCUAUAUGCACAAGGAGUUCCCCUGCAAGUACUAUUAUCUGGGCAUGGAUUGCUAUGCCGGCGACGACUGUCUCUUUCACCACGGCGAGCCGCUGUCCGAGCAGCUGCGCAACAUCUUGCUGAAACACAUGGAGACGGCACCGAAGGAGAUCCUUGGUGAUUUUAAACGAAUAUCGAGAGAAAUUGCGCUUGGGCAGAUGACGCGACGACACGAACAGUUGUGCGAGCAAUUUAAGCGGGAGAAUACCUGGAGCAUAAUGGGCAGUGCAGGAAUGGGCAGGCGACAGGACCAGCAACAGCACGUGCAGCAGCAGCAGCACAUACAGCAGCAUCAGCACAUGCAGCAGCAACAGGAACAACAGGCGGGUGCGGAGGUCGGUGGAUGCAUUCCCUCACUUUUAGACAUGGUUAUUAAUCCACCGCAUCCGGAGAAAAAGCGCAAAUCCCGUUGGGCUGAUAAAACAGCAGCUAAGGCAGCAGCUGGAGAAGCGGUUUCUUCAGAAGCGGACAACACAUUGCCAGCUGCUAAACCAUUACCACAACAUUUGGACUUAGCUAAUCUCAGUCACGUUUUAAGUACUGAAAACAUGGCCAAGCUGAAUAAGCUGGGCAUUACCAACCUGGAGCAGAUGUUGCAGGUGCCAUUUGGUCAAUUAACCGAGGCAGGUCUAACUCUGGUCGAGAUUGGAGAGAUUCAGCGCAAGGCAGAGGACGCCAAGCCCCAAACGAAAACCGAAACGGAAAUCAGCACUCCCGUUGCCAAGCCAGACACGGAGACCAACAAUAGCAACUCCAACAGCAAUGGUUUUAUUAUGGUGGACUAUACGCAGUAUCUAAAGGAUGCGCAUGUCAGCUUUUCGGGCAACGAUCCGUUGGACGACGACCGAGAUGAUGACGAACAACUGGUCAUAGACGAUGGCAACGAGUCGACCCCUGAGGAGGAACAACAACCAAAGCCGGCAAAGGCGCCGGCAGUCGACCGCCAGGGCUUGUCCACGGAGGAGGCACCCUUACCUUCUGUUUACGAUUUGCCAAGCUUUAUGAGCAACAUGCUGGGCCAAGGAGCCUUGACAACUCAACUGCUGCCAGCCAGCGCUACGUCGCCCAAUCAGGAGAUGCCACAAUCGGGACUUAAACCCUCUUCCAGCGGCGGUAGCACCUCCACCCAUGUGUUUAGCCGAAUUCUGUUCGGCGACAAACAACCGGAUCCCGAGGCUAGAGCGGCUUUCUACCGCGACAUUAUACGAAAUCCUUUUAGGGCACAUAGGGGCGAUGUCGAUGUGGACUCUAGUAAUGAGAACUCCAAUUCGAAUUCGCGUUCGCUGACACCGACUCCUACUCCAGAGCCGGGAUCACAGUCUCCGAAGCAGGAGGACCAGGAUGAAGAGAUGCCGGAAUUGCCUGCCAUUACGGCAGCCUUGCCACCAACAACUCCCUCGCUUUAUGUGCGUCCAUCCAUGUAUGAUUUUAAUCCUUCCAAGGACGAGGAGCAGCAUCGGCAAAAAGAGCCUCUCCUGGAGGAGGAGCUGCGCCAGCGUGAUAUAGACAUGCGACUCCCUUUCGAGCCCAUGAAACAUUAUAUGCCUGCCACUGAAAUCGAUGCGGCGAUCUUCUCGCACACUCCACUUCGUUGGCAGCUGCAGGAGGUGUCCGUGGAGGAAGCCAGCUAUGCUCAGAUCAGGGCCAGCGCUCUGCACAAAGAGCAGCGCGAACUACGGGAUCCUCGCAUGCGUCGUAUUCUGGGUUUACCCGAAACGCCGGACAAUAGUGGAACCAUAGGAUCGACGGGACUAGCGGGAGCAGGCACGUUAUCGAGUGAUUUGUUUGGGCGUUCCGGGGCGAGCAUAGCUUCGCCGGAGACGGAGACCAAUGUACGAGAUACCACGCCUAGUUCUCCACCCCCGACGUUUGCCAAUUUACCCUCGAUGAGUGUCCCACCCCCGUCAAUGAGCGUACCUCCUCCGAAUCUACAAGCGGAAAAGCCUCCGCUACGGACAGAUCCACGUCGCGAUCCAAGGAGAGCCCAUUUUCAGGCUCAAGCAGCUGCGAGUACGGCGAACCCGACACCUACCACAACCAAUGCCACUGGUGGCAGCAAACAAAUAUCCGAAAUACGCAGCCUCAUGCAGAGCUCAAACUGGUACAAGAAUCUGGGCAGCAACAAUAAGAUUAUGGUAAAUCAACAAUUAGCGUUGGUGUUUACCGAGCUCAAGAAAUUUCACCAGCUACCCGAAGGCGCCCAAAAAAUAUUUGAUGUCAGCUUUAUAGUGAACAACCCAACGUUGCAGCAAAUCUUUUCUAAGCUCUUCAUAUUUGUAGAUGAUAAUGGUCAGGUGGUGCAAAUGCCGGAGGAAAAUAAUGGUAGUGGAGUAGGUGGAGCAGCAGCAUCAGCAGGAGGAGGAGGAGGAGUGGUUCUACCCAAUCUUUCGCAACCUCCUCCAAAUCUGGUCCAGAUGUUAAGGGUACCGCCACCAAAUAUUCGGAUGCUGCGCAUGUCCGGAAUGAUGAUGCAAAUGGGAAACCUAGGACCUCCAUUUAAUCAACCACCACCGAGAGCUGGAUUGCUGGGUAUGCCACCAGGAGGCGGCGGAAACCAGGGAGUGGUUAAUCUAGGAGGAUUAAACCAAGGGGGAGGAGCUAUGCCUAAUGGGAAUCCCUUUAAUCCAUUUGCCGGCGGAGCAGGCAACAAUGGAGUAGGAGCUGGCGGAAUAGGCAACAUGAAUUCCAUGGGCAACAUUGGUCACAUGGGCAUGCCUUUCAAGAACUUUAACAAUGGAAACCAUAACAACAAUGGGGGAGGCAGAGGUGGACAUUUUCCGGGCGGGGGAGCAGGUGGAAACAAUCGCAAUCAGCGAGGCGGCAAUCAGCGGAACCGCAACAUCUAAAACCUUAUGUCUCGAGGAUAAUCAAACAAAACAAAAGACUUGUUAUGCCAAAGUGAUGUUGAUGUUAUGCCCAUGACCUUUUUCAACCCACUCCCUAAAUAACCCGCCCCUAGAAAACGUUGUUCCCCAACACCAACUUUUUUUUUUAUAAAAAUUUGGGCUUGACUGCUUUGUACAUUGUAUUCUAUUCCUUAAAUCCAUCAUUGUCACUAUUUUUUGGCUAGGUGUAAGAACAAACCUUUUUAGCACUACUACGUACUGAUAAAUGUAGUUAAGAGUAAGAACAAAGAAACUUAAGGAAGAAAAAUUAAGGAACAGGAACAGAAAGUAACGUAUAAAUGAUAUGCCACCUUUUUUUUACCGACAUUUUUUGAAUAAUGUAGGAUAAAGUGUUUAUUUGUGCGUGUACACUACAUCGAUAAUCUAGACAUACAAACUAAAAAUAAAUAACAUGCUUUAAGUAA